CUUGCUGGUCUCAUCGGAAGGUAUCAGUCGUUCUCUGGUCAUUCUUCAGCAAAGAGAGCCGGAGGACUUGCCGAAAAAAAAUAUAUAGAUAUCAGGCGUAGGAGGCUAUUAGGUAGUGAAAUCGUUUUAAUUGUUUCGGAGCUAGGUGUAGAAACAAGUUUGUAAAAGAGAGGGAGAAAAAAAAACCAGUUUGCUUGUCUGCCCUAGUUUUUCUGAACAAGUAGACGCUUUGCCCUUAUGAUGUGGAGGUACACAGUUCUGGAGGUGGUUGGUAUACUGUCCCUUCUUGUUUUUUGGGGAUUGAUUGUGAAGGAACUCUGGAUAAUCCUCUACACCUGCUAUCUGGGUCAUUUACUGGGUCACAAUAUCAAGCCGAGAAAGCUAGGAAAAUGGGCCGUGAUCACUGGUGCUACUGAUGGAAUAGGCCGAGCUUACGCCGAAGAGUUGGCCUCUAAUGGAAUUAAUAUCGUGCUGAUUAGCCGAUCGCGAGACAAAUUGCAAGCUGUCGCCACUGCCAUUGAAUGCCGGUAUCACGUCGAAACCCGCAUUAUCGACGUCGAUUUUACACAAGGAGCCGAGAUUUAUGAACGCAUCGCUAAGGAAAUUAGCGGACUCGAAAUUGGCAUUCUCAUAAACAAUGUCGGCAUGUCCUACAAAUAUCCGGAAUACCUUGAUCAGAUACCAGAUGCAUCGGGUUUUGCCCAACGUGUCGUCAACUGCAACGUUGUUUCGGUGACUCGCAUGUCCAUCUUGGUCCUCGGCCAAAUGGCGGAGCGCAAGAAAGGACUCAUCUUGAACGUGGCCUCAUGUUCGGCCGUUGUGCCGACUCCACUCAUGUCCCUUUACUCCAGCACAAAGGCAUUUGUCUACAAAUUCAGCGAAGAUUUGGCUCUUGAGUACAAACCGUUUGGUAUCCGGGUUCAGUGCGUUCUACCUUGUUUUGUGGCCACCAAGAUGAGUGGCAUCAAAAACUCUAGUAUAAUGGCUCCAAGUCCCGCGGAUUUCGCCCGCGGGAACAUGAAUUCGUGGGGACUAGAAGUCUCUUCGGCUGGUUAUUGGUUUCAUAAAUUACAGUGGAUUUACUAUCGGCGGUUGAACCAGAUUUCCCCCUCUACCAUGGCAAAUGUGACGUACAACAUUAUGAUGGGACUGAGGAAACGCGCCUUCGAAAGACGUGCUCAGCAAAAGAAAGCCGUUGCUCCAACGACAGUCGUUAAUCCUCCUGUUGCCCCAGUGGAUCGUCAUUCAUUAGCGCGAGUGGAUCGCGAUUUAAACGAUAUGUGGCCGUCGUUGUCACAAAUUCCUCGUUAUGGCAUUACGCUACAUGCUCAAACUGGUUUUUAAGUUUAGUGUUAUUGUUUCUGCAUGAUGGAGGACAUUUUGGUUGUCUAUGAUUUCAUUAUUACUUGAGAUUCAGUCCUUUUUCACUUGUUUUUUUUCCUUACGUAAAGGCUAUGAAUCUUUACCUCUAGAAGAAAUGCUUGUUCUUUUAAAUAGUGUUACGGGCCCGAUACAAUGUAUUGAAAGCAUCA